UUCAGUCAGUCACGUAAAUUUAUUAUAAGCUUACCUGUUAUUUGUUAUUUCGAUUCCAUUUAGAAAACAGUGUAUUAAAAAUGAAAAUUAAUGUUAAAUGCAUUCAUAAAUCUGUAAAAAAGUGUUAAUCCUAAAGUUAACGAGUAUUAGUUACAAUUGAUUUAAUAAUAAUAUUUUUUUAUAAAAAUUUAAGUUGUCGCUAAUAUAUUAGUAAUCAUGAACAACGAGGAAAACAAUAUUUUGGCGCACAGACAGCAUGUUAAAUACUUAAUGAGAUACCUAAAUGUUUUACCACCAUCUAUGUCAACUCAUGAUACAACCAGGGUUACAAUAGCAUAUUUUUCAGUAUUGGGCAUGGAUGUACUUGGAUCAAUAACCUCAAUGUCAUUAGAGUUGCAAUCCAGAAUAAUUGAAUGGCUUUAUCGAUUGCAAGUGCAACCCAAUAAAGAAAAUGGCGAUAUGUUAGCAUGUGGAUUCCAGUGUUCUUCUACCAUAAAUAUAGAUUUCGAAUCAGGGAACAAUCACUACCGCUGUGGUCACCUGGCUAUGACAUAUACGGGCUUGUGUAUUUUGUUGACUCUAGGCGAUGAUCUGUCCAGGCUUAAUAGGAAAGCUUUAAUAGAAGGAGUUAAAGCGCUGCAAACAGAAGAAGGGAACUUCUCCGCGACACUAUCGGGUAGUGAGGCAGACAUGCGCUUCGUGUAUUGUGCAGCCUGCAUUAGUUAUAUACUCAAUGAUUGGUCAGGCUUCAAUGUGGAACGAGCUACAGAUUAUAUUAUUAAAUCUAUAAGUUAUGACUAUGGAAUUGCGCAAUAUCCGGAAUUGGAGUCACACGGUGGUACCACAUUCUGUGCGCUAGCGACAUUGAGUUUAACGAACCAAUUAAACAAAUUAACCGAAUAUCAAAUAGAGCGUUUGAAGCGUUGGCUACUUUUCAGACAGAUAGACGGCUAUCAAGGCAGACCCAAUAAACCCGUGGAUACGUGUUACAGUUUCUGGGUUGGGGCAUCAUUAAAAAUAUUAGACGCGUUACAUCUAUCAAAUUAUGCAAGCAACAGAAAUUAUGUGUACGAGACUCAAGAAUGUGUCAUUGGUGGAUUUGCAAAAUGGCCGGACACUAGUCCCGAUCCUAUGCAUACAUAUCUAGGAUUAGCUGGUCUUAGUUUAAUAGGUGAAAAUGGUUUGCUAGAAAUAGUACCAACAUUAAAUAUCAGCAAAAGGGCGCAUGACCACCUAAAGGCAUUACACGAAAAAUGGGACAGUGAGUCAUAGCUUUAAAUUUAUUAUAUGUACCAUAGAUAAAAUAUCUCUAAGGAUUUUGUUGCCAUUUAAUAAAGAUUAUUAGACUGAUUUCAUCUAUGGCCUUCUUUGUAAACUUCAAAACAUAAUUAACAUUUUACGUUAAUAACGAAAUAUUGCUGUCAUUUAUUCUAAAUUCCAAUACAUAUAUAAAAUGUUAGUACUUAAAACAAUUUUAUGAAUAACAGGUGCUAAUAGCAAAUGAAUGCAAGUCAAAUGAUAAACAACGAUUCAGAAUUAGCGAUUAGUACAAUAUUAAAUCUCUUAUGGUGCCAUGUUAUUGUAAAUAUUGGCGUUUACUGCUGUGUAGUUAGGCAGUUUAUGAAAUUAUUGCACAAAUAUAAAAUUUUAAGUCGUUUUGUUGAUAGUUAAGAUCAAUAGAAUAAGGAACAGGGACACAAUGGGCUUAAGAAGGUUUAUAAAAAGCCUUUUACUAAUUUAGUGAAGCACUGAUUUAACAAACGGGUAUGUUUCUGUAUUUAUACAUUCAUAUCAUUAAUUCUAUUGCACAAUAUAAAAUUGUAUUAACAUGUAUGAACAUAACUUAUUUUGAAUUGUAAAAAAAAAAAAAAAUAUUUAUGAUAUUCUUAUUUUUUAAAACUCUUCUAAAUUGUUAACAGUUCAUUUCAUCCGAAUUUUAGUAAUUAGAGCAAAUUUUAAUAAAUGCUUAAAGCAUCAUAAGCAACAAUCGCUAAAAUAUUAACAAUGUAUAAUUAUGUACUGUGAUUGAAGUCAAUAUUGUAAAUUGUAAAGCAAAUCGUCGUCCUAUUUCAAAAUAUAAUAUUAAUAAAGCAUAUAUAUUGAAAGUAAGAACCUUCUAAAUAUAAAUUUGUGUUCAUUUCAUAGUUUCUGAAUCUUAUUCUCUAUUUAAAAAAGGUUUAGUUUUUUAAUGACAAAAAAAGUGUAACAAUGAGUUUUUGUAUGAAAUUUAAAUUAGUCUCAUGCAUAUCUUCCUACAAAAUAUUUUACCUACCUUGAACAAAUAGCAUAAAAGAAGUAUUUAUUAUUAUUAUAAGUGCUAUAGUUAUACAUUUAUAUAAAACAUUUUUUCGAAAUUUCAUCGAAUACAGGAUUUUAUAUUUUGAUUACGUUUUCGACUAAAACAAUUUUUAUAUAAUUGAUAUAAUAAAAAAGCGCAAGUUAAAUUUUAAUUAUUAGAUAAAUUA